AGUCAGAUCGCGAUCAGUAGUAGCAGAUCAUUCGCGACGAGAACUACACAAAAAGUUCUCCCGAGGAGUGUUACGCGUCGUUUUCUCUUUCGGAUGCUUCAAAUUAGCGGUUCAGCUGUAACCAAGAUUCUCGAUUAGCCGACACAUGUUUGCUGGAUUACACACUUCCGCCAAUCUGUGGCUGGAGUGAAAGUUUUGCGGAUUUCAAAUUACACUUUGUUAUCUUUACUGCGUAGUGCUCUAGAACGGACCUAUCGAUGAAUCUCUCGAUCGGAAAUAGUACGUGAGAUGCAGAGGAUCUGUAUCCAUCUGCAUCCAGCUGCAGUGAUUAAACAUAAUGUGGUUUAAAUUAAUGCAACAUAAUGUGAGAAAAGGGAAUUAACAGUAGUAACAAUAAAACUAGAGUCGAGUAAAUCUGAACGAAUACAAGUGAUGAUUCAAUCUGUUCGGUGAAUUAUUUUACGACGCACGAACGAAUCGCAUGUCACGUUCUUGCUUUAAUACUAACAGUGUUCAAGGAAUCUGAUAGCCCAGAUUUAAACUGCUGAUGUGAAAAUUACCACUAGACUAAAUUGUGUUCAAAAAAUACAUAAAACAAAUAAAUUUCGAAAAAGGAUAAUAGUGAUCGAGAGAAGACUUACAUAUCGACAGAAUGGCUCUCAAGAAUAACCGAAAUCCACACCUGGUGGAGAUUUUCCUGCCAGUAACGUUACUUCUCGCCGUAUUCGGCAUUCCAUUAGCCUUUGGAUACCUCGAGGAUCGCCCACCCGUCUACCUGGAGGCCAAAGUUGGUUCCUACGUAAUUCUCAACUGCCCGGUUGACUUCCCGAAAAACGACCCAAUUCCGUACGUGCUGCACUGGAACAAGGACAACAAACCAGUCUUCGCGUUGUACGAUGGCAGCCUGAGCUCGUAUGAAAGUUUCAUCGGGCGGGUAACCCUGCUUAACAACGAUCUCGUGUACGGAAAAGCAUCGAUAAAUCUCACCUCAAUCCGGGAAAGCGAUAACGGGUGGUAUGAGUGCAAGGUAAUCUUUCCAAACAGAGUACCCAACAAGCGCAACAACGGAACGUGGUUCCACAUAUCUGUGCUGGGUGGAACCCUUUUGAAGAUUCCGCCGGUGAACCAGACGGUGCUGGAGGGAGAUCCGGCGUUCUUUCAUUGUGUGGCACAGAAUACGGAUACGAUGUUCAUUCAGUGGUACAAAGAUAAUGUAUCUUUGCUGGAGAUGUACGAUCUGAUGCACCGGUCAACCUUCGGUCCGGACGGAAGUUUGACCAUCAACCCAACCCAAAUGAGUGAUUUGGGGAUUUACAAGUGCGAAGUUCGGAGUUUGCUGAAUGACACACAAAGUGCAUGGGCUUAUUUAAAUGUGCAAUAUAAAGCGAAGGUUAUAUACUCCCCUAAGGAAGUAUAUAUGCCGUUUGGGCAACCCGCCGUAUUGGAUUGUCACUUUCGAUCGAAUCCACCGCUAACAAACUUACGCUGGGAAAAGGACGGAUUUCUCUUCGAUCCGUACAACGUGCAAGGAGUUUUCUACAAACGCAACGGAAGUAUCUAUUUCGAAAAGGUGGACGAUUCACAUGCGGGCCGAUACUCGUGCACUCCCUACAACGAUCUCGGAUCGGAUGGCUCAUCACCAAUCAUGAAUGUUAUCGUCCAGCGACCCCCGGAGUUCAUAUUGAAACCGAAGCUACUGUAUGUCACCAAAAUCGGUUCAACGGUUGAGAUGCACUGUGAUGCGAGGGAUCGUGACGGCACGCACAGACCGCAAAUUUCCUGGGUAAAGAGAGACGGAAGCCUUCUACCACUCGGUCGUUAUCAGCUCGAAGGUGGCAAUCUAACCAUCGAGGACAUCAUCGAAUCGGAUCGAGGAAUCUACGCGUGUCAGGCAACGAACGAGGCGGCAACAGUUUCGGCCGAUGCCGAGAUUAUGAUCGAGAAUGUUUCGCCUAGGGCACCAUACAAUUUGACAGGGAACAGUUCCGACACCGCUAUUACCCUCCGCUGGGCACCCGGCUACAUUCGACAGUAUCUGGAGUAUAUCAUCUGGUACCGGCUGGCGGAAGCUCCCGAGUGGAGAACAUUCAAGGUGAGCAAUAAGCAUGUUCUCGAGGCGACGAUUACCAAUUUGCAGCCGGCUAAGGAAUAUGAGUUCAUGGUGUUGUGUCAGGACAACUACGGGGAUGGAAUGUUCAGCAAAUCGUUCAGAUAUUUCACAAAACCGAAAGAAUUCGAGCAACCGGAGUCGUUCCAGGACACCCUGCUUCAGUUCAACCAAAUCGGAUCGCCUAUCAAUUUGACUAUCGAGAAGAAACACAGCAAUUAUGAGGCCCGCUGGCAGCCUCCGGAGCUGGGAUUAGACCAACUGCGCUUCUACAUAUUACGCUGGUGGAUUGAGCCGCAACACAAACUGCAUGGAAGUGUAACCACUGCCGAGAAUAACUACAUUUUCGAGGAUCUGGAUGAAGAUGAACUGUACACUUUCCAGGUGUUCGCCAUGUCCACCACAAAUUACACCAGUGGAAGCAACGAGGUGGAAAUUUACGUGUAUCCCUACCGGAGAGUGAAGGUUAUGACAAUCGGUGGGGUUUUGAUUUUGCUCGUUUGCCUGGCGGUGAUAAGCAUACUGUUGUACAUGAAGCGAAACCGAAUCAAAAAGUUACGUGAAGCGGAAAAUGUUAAGGCUUAACUGUAGUUCACAUUCCAAAGAUGGAUUUCCAAAGCAUUUUGUUUCGAAUCAAAGCAGAAGCAGAAGUUGACGCAAAUUGAAUUAUCUCUGUUCAUAGGUUUAUAACGUGCAGUUGUUUGAUUUCUAAGCUAGAGUAAGUUAUCUUAAAACAUAAUUCUGUUAAGCCGCAAUAUUAUUAGAUGACGUGUUUCCCAUAACAGA